AAGUCACCUUCCUUUGUCUCAGUCCCUCCAGCUUUCAAGAUGUUCAUGCAUUGCUGUUAAGAUUAUGCAAGGAGAGUGGAAUGGCGCCUGGAAUGUUUGAAAGCGUUGUUGCCGCUCGACAAUAUGCUCAAUCAAUCGGAAUCACCAAGGACUUUGCUCAUGAGAGAAUCUCUGAGGCUCGAUAUCUCCCGUCUCCCUCGGAACGCGAACUUCAAAUGCCAAUUAAUGGGCCCACAUUCGACGAGCUAUGCAGCAAUGGUACCCUCAAGGAACGCAUAUCCUGGGACAAAGACUCCCUUGCAAUGUUCAGAGACUCGAUUCAUCAACCAGAUCAACCCAGCGAAAUGAUCCUUUCGCGACCUCAGCACAGCAUCUUUCAGCAAUUGAUGUUUGAGUUGCCCUUACUAACAACCGACAAUGACCAUGAUAUGCUAUGUUUUUCCAGAAAAACGGAUCCGGCCUUCUCGGAACUCGAUUACCCACGGCGACCGAAGGAUGACUGCCAGGAUAUGCCUGAAGACAUCGAUCCGGAGUCCAAGGCGAAGCAGACGGUUUCGAAGAUUAUGAAUGAGAAGUUGGUGGUCGACAAAACUGAUUUUCUUGCAUUGAGAACAUAUGUCAGCAAGGAGCCCUGGAGGCCAAAUGAGGAACCUUUCGAUGUCCAGCGAUCAACCAUGGGAUUGAAAAGCCCUCUAACUCCGCCACUCUUGCCGCUCAGUCGAUCCCCUUCGCCAUAUGUACCGUCAUCUCCUGCACGCGAUGUCCCCAUUCCGUCUGAGCAUAGCACCAAUUCUGCGGCAGAAGAUGCGCGAAUGAUUGAGGAGCAGAUUCUGCUGAACGACACGAUCCUUCCAAUGACGCCUGAGAAUCAAUUUCUCAAGUUCAAAGCCUCGAAGGCAAAUGAUGGACCUGAAGAGCUGGACUGUGAUCCAUCAUCUUUCGGGCUCUUAAGCUCUCCGGCUGCGAAAAGAACGAGAAACGACUUAUUGAUGGAAGUACCUCUGACUCCUGGAUUCUCCUCAGAACGAUCACCAAAGAGACUCAAACAGAUCACUCUUGCAGACGUCGUUCCUAACCCAGAUUUGAAGUUGCCGUCAGCAGCGAUAAGUCCUAUGGUCGCUUCUGACGAAUCACCAUUUGAAGCAAUUCUGAACGAGCAAUUUCAAUCCAUAGCCGACGAUGCGAAAAGGAUGACUGAAAAUGAGCGGCUUAUCGAAGCCGAUUCGACGAAUAGGAUGUCCGUUCCCAUAGUUCACGAUGGGAAGCACUGUGCCCCUUGGGAGGAGUACGGCCUGCGCAGUUGCAGAACAGGCGAAGCUUCCGAGCUUGCUGCACAAUCGAAGCUGCUCAAAAGCAUCCAAAAACAAGCUCCUGAGGUGUUGAAUCCUUGGCACGGUGCACAUCUCACGGAGACAAGGCUGAAAUGGAUACCAUUUCUAGGCAGAGCCUCAAAAGUGACAAUCGACGAGGGAAUCACUAGCAAAGUGAAUAUUGAGAACUACUUGCGACAGCUAACGCUUGGUUCUGCCUGUACGAGCGAAGAGUGUACCUGGAAACCAGAAGUGCCAAGUUUGCUUGCAAUGAGCUGGGGAGAUGAAAACGUCUUGGAUCGUUGCCAAUGGGCUGCAGAAGAUGACAUCAAUUGUCUGACAUCGCAACGUAAAGUGGAACUUGAUGGACGCCAUCAGGACCAUGACAGCAGGAAAGGUAUCGACAAUGUCGGAAAGUCUGCUACGGGAACGGAUCGUCGGAACUCCGGGAUUCGAAAUUCUCAAAAGAACAUGAAAACUACGAUACACUCGAUGUCUACGAGAAACUCCGCCAAUAAUUAUUUCCAGUCACUUGGGGUCUCCAUCCCGAUCUCUGCAGCUGAAGUAGAAGCUCAAAGUUCGCCGAAAACGCGUGGUGGCGAUGCGUGGCCACUGGGUUUUCAAGAGGAUGAAAACAGAGCGUUUCAUGGGGAUAGCGAGCUGGGUUAUCAGUCACUGCACGAUCCCCCUACUCCUUCGGAGCCUCGCGCUGUCAUCGUUUCAUCAAUCCUCUUGUCAAAGCGAGGCCUAGUUCGUUCGAUCCGAACCCUUUAUCCGUCUCUGGUCAUGGUCCAGCGCGAUUGGUCCUCACACUUGACCUUGCUUGACCGCGACCUUCUCUCCUCAUCGUCACCAGUUCGGCUCUCCGACGAAGCCGACAUAAUCUAUGGUGCAAAUAGAGCCGUGAUUCUAUCCACUGUGCUUGAGAUCAGUCAACGAGCGUUGCCCGGCGCCGAGCUUACUAGCCGGGAAUCUGGCAUCCAUGGUCGGAUCUCAAGAGUAGCUACCCGAUAUGCCGAAGGUGAGCUUGUGGUUCUAGUGCAUGAGACGAUCCACACUCGGUCGACCAACGAGCCCCAGGAGCUGGUUCGGUUGCGGAAAUGGGCAGUGCAAGAGCAGAGAGGCAUUGGUACUCGGAUUUCCAUUGCCUGGAUCUGCGGAAGCAAUGAUGACGAUACCGCCAGAGCGAUAAUAGGCGAGGUAAUCAAGACUAAUGAUGAUUGUCGAAACAUACCUAUCCGGAAAUUGGAAGAAGAAUCAGAGGGAGAACUCGUCCUUCGUCGUGCCGGAAUCAACGCCCUUGCCGCUCUCUCCAUCCUGAACAUCCUACAAGAACGCGAUACGACAUGCGCGUCGGACGACAUUGCUCUCGACACACUAGCACGAAUGGGCCAUCACGAACGCCUACGUGUCUUCGGUCACCUCGUCGGCGCCCAGGCACUAGACAAACUGAGACUAUAUUUCGGAUAAAAAGCAGACGUAGGACCACCCAUAUUCUAAACGCACAGGAAAAUGACCGACCUUUCCAA